AUGAGCGGGCUGCGGCGGCUGUUCCGCGGCAGCGGGCGGGCCCUGGCCCUGGUGUUCGCCGCCUCGGUGGCCUGGGUGCUGCUCGACAUGGCCGCGCUCCGCCUCUCGCUCGGCGAGGCGGGCGGGCGGCUGCUGCGGGAGGCGGCGGGGCGGCGGCCGGGACCGGGGAUGGGGUUGGAGCCGGGUUUGGGCUUGGGCUUGGGGCGGGCGCGGCCCCCGCGCGGCCCCGAGGCUCCGGCGAAGGCAGCGGGGGAGCCGGGAGCAGCCCCCGCCGGGCUCGGGGCCGGGGGCUCGGGGCCACCGCCGGGAGCAGCCCCCGCCGGGCUCGGGGCCGGGGGCUCGGGGCCACCGCCGGGAGCAGCCCCCGCCGGGCUCGGGGCCGGGGACUCGGGGCCAUCACCGCCUCCCCGGCACACCCCGGCCCCCGGGCGCAGCGGGACGGGCACGGCGCUCCCCGGACACGCCGCCCACGGGAGCGAGCAGCGUCCCCCCGGCACGGCACGGCCCGGCCUGGCAGCCCGGGAUGCGGGGAUGGCAGCCCAGCCUGGAACAGAGAAAAUGAACACGGGACAGGAAGAAACUUCCUCCAAAACUCGCUUCGUCCUCAUUAGCAAAGAGAGGAUGAACCUCGCCAGCCCCACAGUCCCGCGCCCUGGACCCCACUCUGCCGGGAACGCCACAAGGAGACGUGGGAAGCACAAAGAACUUGGUGACAAGGGCAGUGAUGGUGCCCACGCUGCCACUGCCACUGCUGGGGCCACCGCCGUGGGUGGCCGGAGCCGGACGCUGGGUGUGACACCAAGAGCAGCUCCUGCAGCAGCUGGGACUGGCCAGGACGGGCAGAAGCAGAAGCAGGCGGGGAGCAGCCCAGGGAUGCACAGGGUCCUGUCCAUGGAUGUAACGCUCGCCCCGAGAGACCCCCGAGCUCCUGGCCAGUUUGGACACCCUGUUGCUGUCCCUGAUGAUAAACAAGAAGAAGCAAAAAGCAGAUGGAAAGAAGGAAACUUUAAUGUCUACCUCAGCGACCUGAUCCCUGUGGAUCGAGCCAUCGCAGACACCAGGCCUGCCGGGUGCUCUGAGCAGCAGGUCCACGACGACCUCCCGAGCACCAGCAUCAUCAUGUGCUUUGUGGAUGAGGUGUGGUCCACCCUGCUGCGCUCCGUGCACAGCGUCCUCAGCCGCUCUCCUGCACACCUCAUCGAGGAGAUCAUUCUGGUGGAUGACUUCAGCACCAAGGAGUACCUGAAGGAGCAGCUGGACACGUACAUGGCACAGUUCCCCAAGGUGAAGAUCCUGCACCUCCAGGAGCGGCACGGGCUGAUCCGGGCCAGGCUGGCAGGAGCAGAGAUCGCCAAAGGUGCUGUCCUGACGUUCCUGGACUCACACGUGGAGUGCAAUGUGGGGUGGCUGGAGCCGCUGCUGGACAGGGUCCGCCUGCGCCGGACCAAGGUGGCCUGCCCUGUCAUCGAGGUCAUCAGUGACAAGGACAUGAGUUACAUGACCGUGGACAACUUCCAGCGUGGGAUUUUUACCUGGCCAAUGAAUUUUGGAUGGAGGCAGAUUCCACAAGAGGUCAUCGAGAAAAAUAAAAUCAAGGAGACUGAUAUAAUAAGGUGCCCCGUCAUGGCAGGUGGCCUGUUCUCCAUCGAUAAGAAGUAUUUUUCUGAGCUGGGAAUGUACGACCCAGGACUGGAUGUCUGGGGAGGGGAAAAUAUGGAGAUUUCAUUCAAGGUCUGGAUGUGCGGAGGAGAGAUCGAGAUAGUCCCGUGCUCCAGAGUGGGGCACAUUUUCAGGAAUGACAAUCCUUAUUCCUUCCCCAAAGACCGGGUGAGGACGGUGGAGAGGAACCUGGCCCGCGUGGCAGAGGUGUGGCUGGACGAGUACAAGGAGCUGUUCUAUGGCCACGCCUACCACCUGCUGCAGGGCAGCGUGGACGUGGGCGACCUGGGCCAGCAGAUCCAGCUGCGCAAGAAGCUCCAGUGCAAAACCUUCCGCUGGUACCUGCAGAACGUGUACCCCGACCUGGAAGCUCCCCUGGUUAAAGCCAGCGGGCUGCUCACUAACGUGGCCCUGGCAGGGUGCAUCGCUGUGGAAGGCACCACCCUGGUUUUUGAGAAGUGUGAUGUUAACAGCACGAAGCAGCAAUUCAACUACACGUGGCUGAGGCUGGUCCAGCACGGGCAGCUCUGCCUGGCCCCGUCGGGCGUCCUGGGAGCCGUGGGCAUGCGCCAGUGCCAGCCCAGGAGCCGCAGCCUGGCCUGGCUGCACAGGUCACUGGCCACUGCCCAGCCGGGGCUGCCUGAUUUCUCAGCAGAGGGUGAGAUGGAUUUGGUGGCGCUCUUUUACUGGUGCCAGCAGCCGGAGUCUGAGGAGAGCUCAGUGGCUCUGCCCGAAGGAGUUGCAGUGCUUUACCCUCUCCUGACACCAGGCAUUGUGCUGUCCAGUGAUGGGAAGUGCAGUUCCUGUCUGCACAAAGAUGCAGCUCCUGCCCUCCACAUGUCACAUCGGGAGUGUCUCACCUCGGUGUCAACCGAGCACCUGAUCUCAGAGCAGCAGCACCUCCCGCAGCCAUCGUGCCUGGCCGUGCACCCCUCGUUCAGAGCGCUGCGGGUGACAGCCUGUGACCCCACCAGCCCUCACCAGAAGUGGCACUUUGGCUCUUACCACGCGGACUGA